GAGGGCACUCGAGCCGGCGUCUCUGCAGCCAGCCUCGCCAUGUCGGCGCACAACCUGGGCACCGAGCUGGACCUUAGCUGGAUCUCCAAAAUACAAGUGAACCAGCCGGCAGUUCUGAGACGUGCACAGCAAAUCCAGGCUCGUAGGACCGUGAAGAAGGAGUGGCAAGCUGCUUGGCUCCUGAAAGCUGUUACCUUUAUAGAUCUUACUACACUUUCCGGUGAUGACACAUCUUCCAAUGUUCAAAGACUUUGUUACAAAGCCAAGUAUCCAAUCAGGGAAGAUCUCUUAAAAGCUUUAAAUAUGCAUGAUAAAGGCAUCACCACGGCUGCUGUUUGUGUUUAUCCUGCUCGGGUCUGUGAUGCAGUGAAAGCACUAAAGGCUGCAGGCUGUAACAUCCCAGUGGCGUCAGUUGCCACUGGCUUUCCAGCUGGACAGACUCAUUUAAAAACACGAUUAGAAGAGAUCAGACUGGCUGUGGAAGAUGGAGCUACAGAAAUCGACAUUGUAAUUAAUAGGACCUUGGUGUUGACGGGCCAGUGGGAAGCCCUGUAUGAUGAGAUCCGUCAGUUUCGCAAGGCCUGUGGGGAGGCUCAUCUCAAAACCAUCUUAGCAACAGGAGAACUUGGAUCUCUGACUAAUGUCUACAAAGCCAGUAUGAUAGCAAUGAUGGCAGGAUCAGAUUUUAUUAAGACCUCGACUGGAAAAGAAACAGUAAAUGCCACUUUCCCGGUAGCUAUAGUAAUGCUACGGGCCAUUAGAGAUUUCUUCUGGAGAACUGGAAACAAGGUAGGCUUUAAGCCAGCAGGAGGCAUCCGCAGUGCAAAGGAUUCCUUGGCAUGGCUCUCCCUCAUAAAGGAGGAGCUGGGAGAUGAGUGGCUGAAGCCAGAACUCUUUCGAAUAGGGGCCAGCACUCUGCUUUCAGACAUUGAAAGGCAGAUUUACCAUCAAGUGACUGGAAGAUAUGCAGCUUACCAUGAUCUUCCAAUGCCUUAAAUCAGCAGCGAUCAAUGCCAGAAAGUUCUUUACAGCAGUGUUUAAAAAUUACUUUUCUGUAUCAUUGCUAAAAUUAUUUAAUUAAGAAAUGGAGGAAUGGGUGAUAACUGACCUUCUUCCUCUUCGAGUGUCUGUUGAAUUUAAUUCAAAGAAUGAAAGAAAGAAACGGCUAAUCCACACAUGUGUUCACUUCAGGCACACCUGAUAUGCUCUUAAUUAUCAGAUAAUCUGCACUGUUAGUUUAAUGAAGACUUUUCUUAAAAACACCAAGUAAAAUGUGACUGAUAGCUUUGACAACAUUAAAUUUCAAGAAAAAAAAUGAGAAAUUGCCAAGAAAUGUGAUCUAGCCUCAGAAAAUGCAUUGUCCCUGAAAUUCUGGAAUCAGGCAUAUCAGAGGAACUAGCUUAGCACUAAUUUCCUGCCCUGAAAAUUUCUUUACAUUUUCCAACAGAUAUGUUUUUUUCAAAAAUUGUUUUGUUAAUAAAAUUUCUGUCAUUGUUAUA